AUGUUCACGGUGAACCUUCGAGCCUCCAGAAAAAAAUGCAUUGGAAGGAAUUCGGCAACCGUAUAUAACAUCUUGCUGCUGCAGCUCACCCCUUCCGCUGGGCUGUUAAAAAAUGUCACGUCUAAUAACACGUUUCUCCCAGUGCCAGAUUUCUGCAGUUCCAGCAACAGUCCCUCGUUCCAGCCCAUCUACAGUCAGAUUCCCAUCCCCACUGCCCAUGUCAUGCCUUCCACGGCCGGACCACCGGCCUCCAAUCCCCAGCCCCGUUCCCAAGAAGAUUCCCAGGCUUCUGCCGAGGCACACCGGCCCUCCUCGGGCUCCCGAACCUCCUGUGGAACCUCCAACUCAAAGUCUUCCUCCCUCUCCAAAUCAGCCUCUUCGCCCAACCUGGACAUGGUACAAGGCGGCGCGGGGCGAGCCGACCCCACCGGGCCCAAGCCGGACUGCCUGAGCCGCUGCCGCAGCCUGGUGAACAGACUAGACCACUCUCUGUUCCCCCUCGGGGGACCACUCUUGCAUGAUGAGGGCCAGAGGUUCAACAUGCCCGCCAUGGAGCCCACAAUGAACCAAUCUGCUCUGCUGGCGGGCUACUGCCCCGACACCCAGGCUCUGCUGAGGGAGGCCAAGGCCUAUGAACCCAUGCUGCAGGAGAGAUGCAGCAAGCUGCCCAGCUGGCAACAGCAGCACAAGCAGCAGCUGGAGAGUCUCCGCAUGCAAGUGGAGCAGAUGCAGAUGAUGACUGCUGGAGUGGGCCAGUACCCUGCUCUCUACUCCACCCCCUCCAUGCCACCAGAGACCAGGAAUUGGGACGAGGUGAUCAAAGCCAACGAGAGCAUUCUGAAGGAGAAGGCGCUCGCCAUAGAGAGAAGGAAGCAGCAGAUGUCUCAGCUGGAGCUGCGGGAAAGCGAGCUGCAGGUCCACGAAGCCCUGCUCGGCCGCGGCGCCGCGUGUCUGCUCCGACUGCAGGAGGCUCAGAGGGAGAAUGCCUUCUUACGGGCCCAGUUUGCAGAGCGCGGUGACUGCACCGCCCUGGAGGAGGCAGAGCGCAGCCUCGGUGCCGUGGAGGCGGAGACGCGGCGUCUGAACGAUGCGCCGAGGGAGACCAGCGAGAGGCACGCCGAGGAGAUGACGAAGCAGGAGGAGAGGAUUCGCAGCCGGGACAAGCACAUCAACAGCCUGAAGAAGAAGUGCCAGAAGGAGGCAGAGCAGAACCGAGAGAAGCAGCAGCGCAUCGAGACUCUGGAGCGUUACCUCGCUGACCUGCCCACAAUGGAGGACUACCAGGGCCAGAGCAAACAGCUGUUGGCCCAGAACCAGGAACUAACGGAGCAGAACCUGACCCUCCGUGAGCGUCUGGAGGACUCGGAGAAGGUGAACCUGGACCGGACAUCGUCCUCGCUGCGGCCGGCCGGGGCCCGUCUCACCCAGCGUCUCACGUUGAGGGCCUCAUGCCUCUGCGACCUGCGCUCCCUCUGCAACGUCCUGACCCAGCGGUCACAGGGCCGAGACCCCAACCUCUCGCUGCUGCUUGGCGUUUCCUCUCCCCCGCCCAUGGCAGAGCAGGAGGAGGACUGGCUGAGUCCUGAGGUGCUCCAGAGGAAGUUGACUGAAGCCCAGCGGCUGUGUCGUGAUGUGGAGGAGCUCCGCACCACCGUCUCAGACCGCUACGCCCAGGACAUGGGAGAGAACUGCAUUACCCAGUAGCCCCAGCUGCUAGCUUCUCUAAAACAGACUGAACCAUCAGCCUAAUGGGGUAAGGCUUCCAUAUUGGCCUUGCUUCUUCUACUCUCUUCAUUGUGUAUGAACUGGAAUCUCAUGUUGGCCCUUUGGGGAAGGAAUCCUUGAUCGGGGUCAUGCAUUUCAGUCAAAGGGCUUACGGUGGAAGAACUGUUCUCAAACCAGUGUGUUUUUUUGUUUUUAUAAAUGUUUUACUGAUACGUUUGUCUUUGUUGUCAAAGAUGCCCUCCGCACUUUUUAUGACACACAUAGAUGGGGUUGUGUUAUCUUUUUUUCAAUAAAUAACACUUAUUAUUUAAAUCUUCCCUCUGGGGAAAUAAUGUUGGAUGUGGUUGACAAUCAACUGAAAAUAUUUAAUUGUGUUUUUUGAGUAAUUCAACAGGGAAUGUUACUAACCCACCAUUAUUUAAAAUGGUACAUUUGUAGCAUUGAAGUGGUAGGGCUAAUACUGAAAAGACAUUAUGUCAGCAGUAUAACUGAGAUAUUGUUCAGAGACAUCUGUCCCGUCUGUACAAUAGCACAGUUUUUAAAAAAAUCAUGUUUGCAGAUAUUUCUCUCUGGUAGUGGGCUUGCUUUGAUGAUCAAUCUGUAGAUCAAAACGGUUAAGGUCCUGCACUUUUGCUGUCGUCACCAAUAAAAUUUGCUAGUGGCUUUCUUUCUCAAAA